CGUUAUAAGGCGCGGACCCGCGGAUCCCGGGAAGCCGCGCUCCGAGAAGCCGCCCGCAUGGCUCCCGCCCGCCGCCCCGCCGGGGCCUGCUUGUUGCUCGUCUGCGCGGGGCUGCUGGCCGCCGCCGCCGCCGCCGCCGCCGCGGGCCUCGGGUCCCCGGAGCCCCGCGCACCCGCAGGGGGUCGCGCCCUCGAGGAGCCGCCGCCCGCAAACGAGCUGCCCACGGGCCCCGCGGACGGCCGUGCGGAGCCGCCCGCCCGCGCGCCGGAGCCCCCCGGCGAGCAGGCGCGCGGCAUGGACCCCCGGGACGCCUGGAUGCUGUUCGUCAGGCAGAGUGACAAGGGUGUCAACAGCAAGAGGAGGAGCAGGGGCAAGGCCAGGAAGCUCAAGCUUGGCCUGCCAGGGCCCCCCGGGCCUCCCGGCCCCCGGGGGCUCCCAGGCCCCAUCAUCCCAUGGGAGGCACUGCUGAGGGAGCUGCAGCUGCUGCUAAAAGGCGCGGUUCUGCAGCCUUGCCCACGAAGCCCUGGAGGGCCAGCAGCCGCGAGCCCAGCACCGGGCCCUGGCGGCCCUGAGGACGACGACGAAGACGACGGCGACGGCGAGGCGGGGGGCGUGCUGGCGCUGCUGGCCGCGCCCCUGGCCCUGGGCCCGCGGACGCCGCGCGUGGAGGCCGCCUUCCACUGCCGCCUGCGCCGGGACGUGGCGGUGGAGCGGCGCGCGCUGCAGGAGCUCGGCGCCUACUACCUGCCCAACGCCGACGGUUCCUUUCGGCGCGGCCUGGGCCUGAACCUGACCAGCGGCCAGUAUACAGCACCCGUGGCCGGCUUCUACGCGCUCGCCGCUACGCUGCACGUGGCGCUCGCCGAGCCGCUGAGGCGGGGGACGCCGCGGCCCCGCGACCACCUGCGCCUGCUCAUCUGCAUCGAGUCCCGGUGCCAGAGCAACACCGCCCUGGAGGCCGUCACGGGCUUGGACAGCAGCAGCGAGCUCUUCACCAUCUCCGUAAACGGCAUCCUGUAUCUGCAGACAGGACAGCACACCUCUGUGUUCCUGGACAACGCCAGCGGCUCCCCGCUCACGGUGCGCAGCGGCUCCCACUUCAGUGCCGUCCUCCUGGGCGUGUGAAUGGCGCCGCGGGCCCCUUCCUCCUGCCUGGCAAACGGAGCGGGGGUCUGAGCGACGGCUAGGUGGCGUCAGAGGCCACGUGCAGGAGCAAACCACCUGGAAGACGCUACACCGGCCGCGACAGCUAAGCGGCUACGGGUGGGCCUGCAGGGGAGACCGCGAGCCCGCAGCCCCAGGGCCGAGUCGUUCACCCUGGAGGAGGGGAGCGCUGUGCUCAGGGCACCUGCUGUGUCCCCAGCUGCAGCCCUGGCUCCCCCGGCCUGGGGACAGCUCCCAGAGAGCCUCCGCUCCCCCUGCGGUCCAGUGUCCUUCAGGGUCGCAUCCUGCAGGUGAGCCUGUGCAGGGCUAAGCCGCCGCACCUCCCCAGGCAACAGCCUGGCCUGCCUGGGCUCCUGGGGAACCGGAGACCUUCACCGUGAACCCUUGGCACACAGCCUCAGGGACCAGAGGAACCCUGGACGUGGCCGGGGCAGACACCGUGACUGGACCUGGCUCCCACCUCCAGCGCAUGCAAGACUAACUCACCACGCUCACCUGGCACAGGCCUUUCCCAGGUGGGAGCCCCUCCUCAGACAAGGCCCUCAGCUCCCCAGAGCCAUCCCUCAGAGUCCGCCUCGCUGUGGGCCCGUGCACUGGGAAGAUCCGAGCUGUCCCUGUGGAGGGGUCGGCGGCCUGCUGACCAGCUCCCACUGCACGGGCAGGGCAGCCUGGCUGGGCCCAGCACGCUCGGAUGCUUCCUCCCCACCUGGGCGGCCGCGUGGCUCUGAGCUCGGUCAGUGAAGGGACGUGGGGGCGGGCAGGGCUGUCAGCCCGGACCCUCCCAGAUCUUCCUGGGUAGGCAGUGACAAGGCCUGCUAAGCAAGUUGACGCCCCCGGCCCACACCAAAUGGACGGCCGGGACCAGGGGAGGCAGGGCCUCCUGCGGACCAGGCUGGGGAGAGGCCCCCACCCUUGGUUCCAUCCAGAACCAAGCGUCUCCCAGCCAAGGGCAUCAAUAAACUGACCACUCUGCACCCCCUGGGCAGGCCUGGCAGAUUCUCGGAACUUGUACCCACCCUGCCUGGAAGCCGCGGGCUAGCCCCAGUCCUGGCCCAAGUCCUGCCUCCCCGUGCACGUCGAUAAGGGGUGCUGUGGCCACUCCCUCCUCUGGAUUUCACUUUGUAUCCAGCGGGCAGAUAGUUAGAGAAGUUAUCUUUUACUCUGUGAGAAGCCACAUACACCCAUCUCUCCUUUUUCUCAACUAAGUGUUCAGGGCAACUUAGCGAGGUGUUCACCGUGUGCUGCUGCAGGAGGAACGUAUUCACAGAACUGACUUAGGAAGCUUAGACUGUGUCACAGGACUGCACAAAAUCAGCACUCAGGGCAGGCGCACUCAAGCCCUUGGCCCAGGUCCCCUGUGGGCAGGGAGGACUUGGGGGACACUCCUCGACCCCCUGGAGGUGGCAGGGAGGGCCUCCCUGGCGCUCGCGGACGUGAGUCACAGCCUUGUGUGCAGGCCUGACCCUGGCUUGCUAUAGGCACUGAGUACUGAAUAAACUGUCCCAUCUCGA